GACUUUCUCUGAAUUCUGAUACACAAAACAGAACCAGCAUUUGUUUGCCUUGUCCUCCUCUCUACCCCUCAUUAAUGUCAAUCACAUUUACAUUCAUAGCAGUUAAUGCGUUAACAGUUUUUCUGCUUCGUUGCAUCUACAAUCCUCUUUUUAACUCCGUAAUGUUGACCGCUCCCUUAUUAUCACUCUCACAAUCACAUUAGCUUCCAUACAAUGACACUUAACUAGACUUGACCUAGCUUUGUUUCCCAUUUUGUUUCCCGGUUGUUUUUAUUUGUCACUUUGAUAGAGUGUGUCUCGGUGACAGUCCUUGGAUCAUCAGCUUUGUUUGCUUGUUCUUCGUGUUGUUCUUAAAGUUGGUUAAAUAAGGAUUUUUGAUAGUGGCAUUUUCAUUAGUUUUUAUUUGUUUCGGCUUCCAAGGCAGGAUUUUGAGUCGUGAGUUCACUUGCUGGGUUUCUCCUUGUUGAUAAUUGUUUUUAAUAUUUUUCCAGGGUUUCAGGGCAUGCUUGUGAAAGACUUUAUAGCUUCCUGAAGUUUUUCAAUGGGAUACUUCUACUUGUUUCGGCUAGUGUUUUUUUCAUGGGUUCUCUUCAUUCGGAGCACCCAUCAAUUGCAAACCUCUCAGACUCAAGUUUUGCUUCAGCUAAGAAAACAGUUAGAGUACCCUUCACCACUAGAAAUUUGGGAAAAUUAUAAUGGAGACCUUUGUAGUGUGAUUUCAACUGCACACAUGAGCAUUUCUUGUCAAGAUAAUUCUGUCACUGAGCUUAAAAUUAUGGGAGAUAAGCUAGUAAAGGUUGCUGAGUUUAGUGGAUAUGCAAUGCCCGAUCAAACUUUGUCUGAAAGUUUCUCCAUUGAUUCACUUGUUACUACAUUGACAAGGUUAACAAGUCUAAGGGUUCUCACCUUGGUGUCUUUGGGGAUUUGGGGACCACUUCCUGAUAAGAUUCAUAGGCUAUCUUCACUUGAAGUGUUGGAUUUGAGCUCAAAUUUUUUGUUUGGUUCUAUCCCAUCGGGGAUUUCUAGAUUGGUUAAGUUGCAAACUUUGACACUGGAUGGGAACUAUUUUAACGAUACUCUUCCUGAUUGGUGGGAUUCCUUGUCAAACCUCACUACGUUGAGCUUAAAGAGUAAUCAAUUGAAGGGUCAGUUUCCUUCUUCAAUUUGUAGAUUGACUACACUAACUGAUAUUGCCAUGUCUCACAAUCAGCUUUCUGGCAAAUUGCUUGAUAUGAGUGGCUUAACUAGCCUACAUGUGCUGGAUUUAAGAGAAAACAGGUUGCAUUCUGGACUGCCUAUAAUGCCAAAAGGGUUAGUUACAGCUCUCUUAAGUAAGAACUCAUUCUCUGGUGAGAUUCCCCGGCCGUUUGGUGAAUUGGGCCACCUUCAACACCUUGAUUUAUCUUUCAAUAAUCUGAGUGGAACACCCCCUUCUGUUUUGUUCUCUUUGGCAAGCCUCAGUUAUUUGCAUUUAGCAUCUAAUAUGCUGAGUGGAUCACUUCCAAACCAUCUAAGUUGUGGCAGCAAAUUGGGCUUUGUUGAUAUUUCUAAUAACAAGUUAGUGGGUCGACUUCCUCCUUGCUUGGACAGUGAUUCAGACAAGACGGUGGUUAAAUUUGGGGGGAAUUGCUUGUCAGUUGAUGACCAAAAUCAGCAUCAAGAGUCUUAUUGUAAAGAGGCCAAUGCACGGAAGCAAUCCCCAGGAGGAGAAAUAGGUUUAUUGGUUGCUAUCAUCAGUGGAGUUGUACUUAUUGUGGCGCUUGCAGUAAUCGGGGUACUUAUUUUCUAUAGAAGAUACUGCAAAACAGUGAAAUUCGAACAGUAUACAAGGCCAAAAGCUGGGUAUUCACCAGCUGGCGUUUCCUCUGAGGUCCUUGCAAAUGCCAGGUUAAUUUCUCAAGCGGUGAAGCUUGGGACUCAAGGUGCCCCGGUGUGUAGAUCAUUUCCGUUGGAAGAGUUAAAGGAAGCUACAAAUAACUUUGAUUCAUCAUGUUUUUUGGGUGAAGGCUCUAGAGGAAAGCUUUACAAAGGAAGAUUAGAGAAUGGAACCUACGUUGCCGUCAGGUCUUUAGCUUUUUUGAAGAAAUAUUCAAUUCAAAACCUUAAAGUUAGGCUGGAUUUUCUUUCAAAGCUUCACCAUCCACAUUUAGUACGACUGUUGGGUCACUGCAUUGAGGGUAGUGGACCAGAUAAUUCCAAUGCCAGCAAAGUCUUUCUUGUUUAUGAAUAUGUGCCUUAUGGGAACUACAAAACCCAUCUAUCAGAUAAUUGUCCAGAGAAGGUUCUUAAUUGGUCAGAUAGAUUGUCAGUUCUGAUUGGUGUUGCCAAGGCUGUACAUUUUCUGCAUACUGGUGUUAUUCCUGGUUCUUUUAACAACCGAUUAAGAACAAAUAAUAUAUUGCUUGAUGAGCACGGGAUAGCAAAGCUGAGUGACUAUGGAAUGUCUAUCAUCAUGGAAGAAAAUGAAAGACUUGAGGCAAAGGGAAUUAGCUCGAAAUCAUGCCAAAUGACCAAAGUAGAGGAUGAUGUUUACAACUUUGGAUUUAUAUUGCUCGAAUCACUUGUUGGCCCUAUUGUGAAUGGAAAAGGAGAAGCAUUUCUGCUAAAUGAGAUGGCAUCAUUUGGCAGUCAGGAUGGUCGAAAACGAAUCGUGGAUCCGGCUGUGUUAACCACAUGCUCCCAAGAGUCAUUAUCUAUCGUGGUUUCAAUCACAAACAAAUGCAUAUCCUCUGAACCAUCGUCGCGUCCUUCUUUUGAGGAUGUCCUCUGGAAUUUACAAUACGCAGCUCAAGUCCAGGCAUCAGCCGAUACUGAACAGAAAUCAGAUUCUACAUCAUAGACAUAGUCUUGAUAAAAGACUCCUAACCACUUUAGGCUAUAUUUUGUUUACUUCUCCCCAUCUGUGUAUAGUUAGUAAAUGUCAGCGCUUUGAUUGUUUCUCACAGUAGAUGCCCAAAUAUUUUUUUAGAUAAGAUUUAUUAUUGCUGCGUUAUCCUUUUCGAACAGCAACUGUAGUAGCUGCCACAAGGCAUCCAGAAAUGACAGAAGAUCCUCAAAUUUGCAUA